AUGUCUGACCGUAAAGCCGUAAUCAAAAACGCAGACAUGUCUGAAGAAAUGCAGCAAGACGCUGUAGACUGUGCCACCCAAGCCAUGGAGAAAUACAAUAUCGAAAAGGAUAUCGCGGCAUUCAUCAAGCGAGAAUUCGACAAGAAAUACAACCCUACUUGGCAUUGUAUUGUGGGAAGGAACUUUGGGUCGUAUGUUACGCAUGAAACAAAGCACUUUAUCUACUUUUAUUUGGGCCAAAUCGCCAUCUUGCUUUUCAAGAGGUGA